AUGAACGGCAGCCUGGCGAACGGACUGAACGAGGACCUGAAUGCGCCCCCGAAGAAGAUCGCCUUCGAUCGCAGCGAGUCCGCGUACAGCGAGCGGGAUGUGCAGUGCGGGUUCUGGGUGUUCCGGGGACCGCUCUGGCAACGGUUGGCCAGCAAGAAGCUGUUCGUGCUGCUGUUCGGAGUGAUCGGGUGCGUCUUCCAGUCGACCACAUCGUACUUCUACGGCACGCUGACGACGAUCGAGAAGAGCAUCCAGAUCUCGUCCAAAACGGUGGGCUUCAUCACAGCCGGCUCGGAUCUGUCGUUCGUGCUGGCUUCACUCUUCCUGACCUACUAUGCCUCCAACCGGCGCAAGCCUCUGUGGAUCGCCAUGGGUAUCGUCAGCAUGGCGCUGUCCUGUUUCGUCAACGCACUUCCGCACUUCCUGUUUGCGCCGGAUCGCGACGAACUCGAGCAGACCCUCGGCAACUGGACGCAGAGGAAGGCCACCGACAACCUGUGCCGCGAGGACCGUACGCCACCCGAUUGCUCGCUCGAUCUGGCUAACAUGAAGCCCCAGAUGGUGCUGUUCUUCGCCAGCUUCCUCUCCGGGAUUGGCAUGUCACUGUACUUCACCCUCGGGCUUACCUACCUGGACGAUAACGUGCGCAAGGAGAAGGUACCGUUCCUGUCCAGUUUGGCAGCCUUUGGGCGAAGGUUGGGUCCACUGGUUGGGUUUUCGCUGGCGUCGUUGUGCCUGCGAUACUUCGUGUAUCCUGGCGUUGAUCCAGGCUACAGUUCGAGCGAUCCCCGUUGGGUUGGAGCUUGGUGGAUGGGUUGGCUGGUGCUCGGUUCCACUCUGCUCUUCAUUUCCCCGUUCUUUGCCAGUUUCCCGAAGGUCCUUCCCCGAACGGCGGAAAGAGUUACCCUUUCACGCCAGGCAAGCCGAGCAAGUCAGGCCAACUCCACCGCCGGAAAUGGCGGCCCGGACUACAUGGUACCGGAGGAGGACGAUCUCGACAAGAAGGUGUCCUUUAGCGACAUGCUGGUGACGAUACGCCGGCUGGUCACCAACAAGGCGUACGUGUUCAACAACUCCGCCAGCAUCUUCUACUUUUUCGGCUACAUGCCGUUCUUCCUCUUCCAGGCGAAGUACAUCGAGAUUCAGUACCGACUAACGCCAUCGCAGGCAAACAUGGUCACGGGUUCGGUUUCGUUGGUAUUUUCUGCCCUCGGGAUCCUGAUUGCCGGUUUCGUCAUCCAGCGAUUGCGGGUCACCUCGCGACAGCUGGCAGGCUGGAACGUCAUUACGAGCAUUCUAUCGGCGGCGGGGAUCGUCGGAUAUGCCUGGUUUGGAUGUUCCGCCCUCAACAAUGCUGAUAUCGUGGCGAAUUCGCAGAAUGCUUCGUGCAGUUUGAACUGCAACUGUGACUUCGUGAAGUACGCUCCCAUCUGUGGCAGUGAUGGCCAGACUUACCUUUCGCCUUGCCAUGCCGGUUGCCAGGAUCAAUUCAAAACAAUCAAUGGAACUAUGAUGUACUCUAAUUGCUCAUGCAUUCCUGGACCGGUGGUGGAUGGCGAGAACUUUACCUCAUCCUUCGGUUUUGCCUCCCCCGGAAGCUGCCCUGUUGACUGCUGGAGUCCGUUCUACCUAUUCUUGAUCGUGAUGUGUAUAAAUAAGUUCAUCGGAGGAACCGAAUCCGCCGCCAACUUCCUGAUCGGGUUGAGGUGUGUCGAACCACGCGAUAAGGCAAUCUCAAUGGGUUUCUCGAUGGCAAUCAACACGCUGUUCUCAUUCCUUCCGGCUCCGAUCUUCUUCGGUGCGAUUAUCGACCGAACGUGCGUUCUUUGGGGCCGAACCUGUGCCAAACAGGGCAACUGCUGGCUGUACGACGGUGAAGCCCUGCGUGCAUCCAUGAACUAUACCGCGGCGGUGUUCGUGCUGAUCGGAACGUGCUUCGACAUGGGCACGUGGUACUACUCAAAGAACUUCAAAAUUUUCGACGAUGCACCCGGAGACACGCCGUUGCCCGAUGGUCCGCUGGUGGAGAAGGAGAUGGUUGCAUUGGUGAGCAAGGAAAAGGAACGACCGACGCAGUCCGAUAGAAGAACGGAGUGA